GUGUGCGCAGCGCCUGUGCUCCUCGGCGUGGGGGGACACCAUCUUCGCCCUCUCCUCGGGCCACGGCCGCUGUGGGGUGGCCGUCAUCCGUGCCAGCGGGCCGGGGAGCCGGGGGGCCCUGCAGAGCCUCACCGACCCCCCCGAGCUGCCCCCGCCCCGCGUCCUGGCCCUGCGCCGCAUCCGCGACCCCGACACCGCCGAGACCCUCGACCGCGGCCUCGUCGUCUGGUUCUCAGGUCCCCAGAGCUUCACCGGGGAGGACUGCGCCGAGCUGCACGUCCACGGCGGGCCGGCGGUGGUGAGCGGGGUGCUGCGGGCGCUGGGGCGUUUGCCCGGGCUCCGUCCCGCCGAGCCCGGGGAAUUCACUCGCCGAGCUUUCCGCCGCGGGAAGCUGGACCUGACGGCGGCCGAGGGGCUGGGGGACCUCAUCCGCGCAGAGACAGAGGCCCAGCGGCGCCAGGCGCUGCGGCAGAUGGAGGGGGAGCUGGGCCGGCUCUACCAGCGCUGGACCGAGACCCUCACCCAGGCGCUCGCGCACCUCGAAGCCUACAUCGACUUCAGUGAGGAUGACAACGUGGAGGAAGAGGUUUUGUCACAAGUGGAUGCCACCGUGCGGGCGCUGGAGCAGGAGAUCAGUGCCCACCUGCAGGACGGGCGCCGGGGGGAGCUUCUCCGUGGGGGGGUCCACGCCGUCAUUGCUGGCCCCCCCAACGUGGGCAAGAGCAGCCUGCUCAACCUGCUGUGCCAGCGCCCGGCAGCCAUCGUGUCACCGGUGGCGGGGACGACGCGGGACGUGGUGGAGGUGGCCCUGAACGUCGGGGGUUACCCCCUGGUGCUGAGUGACACGGCCGGGCUCCGCGAUGCCACCGACCCCGUCGAGCAGGAGGGGGUCAGCCGCGCGCGGGACCGCCUGCAGCAAGCGGACCUGGUGCUGGCCGUGCUGGAUGCCACAACGGUGGCCACCGAACCGGUGGGGCUGGGGGCUGCCCUGGGGUCCCUGCUACCCCCCUCGACCAUCCCCACCCCCUGCAUCCUGGUGCUCAACAAGGCCGACCUGCUGCGGGGGGGCUCGGGGGGGGCUCUACGUGAUGCCUGCGCCCAGGGGAACCCCUUGCCCCCCACCACCCUCCUCUCCUGCAAGACGGGCGAGGGGCUGGACCACCUCCUGGAGCUGCUGGGCCAGCAGCUGGCACGGCUGUGUGGAGACCCCCUGGCCGGCUCGCCCGGCCUGACGCAGAGUCGGCACGGCCUCCACCUGGGCGACUGCCUGGCGGCCCUGGCACGGUACGGCCGGGAGCGGGGGGACCUGGGGCUGGCGGCCGAGCGGCUGCGGUUGGCACGACGGCACCUGGGCCGUAUCACCGGGCAGGUGGGCGCCGAGGACAUCCUCGACAUCAUCUUCAAGGACUUCUGUGUGGGCAAGUGAGGGGGCACAGUGGUAGGUUUUGGGGUGGGGGGUGUCCAUGCGUCCCCCCGACCCCAGCCACGGUGCUACCAGCAUUGAGGACUGUGGGCAAUGGGGCUCAGGGGGGGCUGGUGGCUCCGUGUUGGUAUUAAACCCUGGUGCCUUUGGUGA